AUGCGCUUCCACAUCAUCAAUGGAAUUGCUCAGGGGCUUCUUUAUCUUCAUCAAGAUUCCAGAGUGAAAAUUAUCCAUAGAGAUUUGAAAGGUAGCAAUAUUUUACUAGAUCAAGAGAUGAAUCCAAAAAUAUCAGACUUUGGCUUAGCUAGAAUAUUUGGAGGAAAUGAGACGGUAGCAAAUACGAAAAGAGUGGUUGGAACAUAUGGGUACAUGUCUCUAGAAUAUGCAAUGGAGGGGCUAUUCUCAGUAAAGUCCGAUAUAUUUAGCUUUGGUGUUUUGGUAUUAGAAGUAGUGAGUGGGCAGAGAAACAGGGGAUUUUUUCACCCAAGUCACGACCUCAACCUUCUUGGGCAUGCCUGGAGAUUAUACAAGGAAGGCAAGGCUACAGAAUUGAUUGAUGUACAACUACGGAACUCAUGCAAUCUAACUGAAGUGUUGCAUUCAAUUCACGUGGGUUUAUUGUGUGUGCAACAACGGCCUGAGGAUAGGCCUAGCAUGGAAAGUGUGGUUUGGAUGUUCGGCAAAGAGGGUGCUCUGACUCAUCAGCCUAAACAACCUGGUUUUUUCACUGAAAGAAAUCUUCUUGAAAUAGAAAGAAGAGAGAUUGAACAAUGUUCCGCCAAUAUGGCCACCAUAACAUAG